AUGGCUAUUUUUAAUGUUUUCGGCAUAGAAAAUGCGUUGUUUUCAAAGAAAUCAUUCGACGACUUCUCAUGGCCUGUUGAAUCACGUUCUGGUUUAAUAUUUCCUCGUUUCGAGAAAAUUCCAAAAUGUGUAGUGAAUGGUGAUAAAACUAAACUCCUAAUCAUUGUAAAAUCGGCGGCAACGAAUCGAGAGUCCCGAGAUAAUAUUCGAAAAACGUGGGGUAAAUGGAAAAGUCUUAACGACGUGCAAAUUGCGACAAUUUUCGUUAUUGGAUUAACCGAAGAUCAUGAUUUUGAAGAAAUUACUGAUAAGGAGGCCGAUACGUAUCGAGAUAUUCUCAAAAUCAAUGCUCUUGACACUUAUAGGAACAAUACGCUAAAGUUUUCCUCGUCUAUUGAAUUUGCAUUCGAUGCUCACAAUUGUCCAUCGAAAUUCUAUCAUUUUCUUCUUCUUGUUGAUGACGAUUAUCUAGUUCAUCCAAUCAAUUUGAUUGAUUUAAUCAAGACAAAAUCUCCGGAUGAUAAGAUUUACGAAGGAUUUUCUUUUGACACAUCACCUUUUCGGUUUUUAUUCCACAAACAUCACAUAUCGCUAAAAGAAUAUCCCUAUAAUCGAUAUCCUAAAUAUGUUUCUGCUGGAGCCGUGCUACUUUCUCGACAAACGGUUGAAAUUUUUUAUCACUCCAUCCCUAAGUUUAAGAGUUUUCCAUUUGACGACGUUUAUACGGGUAUCCUAGCAAAAGCUAAUAAAAUAGACGUCAUUCACAAUCCGAAUUUCGUUUUUUGGUCGCGAGAAAUCGGUCGGGAUCAAUGGAAUGAAGGUAUUGUGGCGGCGCACGGAUACAAUGAUAAUAUGGUCGAACAAUAUAAGCUCUUAUUCCAAUAA